AUGGAUACGUUGGGGGUUUCGACGUUGAAAUUUCGUCACGCACAAAUUUUUUUCCGAGUUUCCAUUUUACCCUUGUGUAUUGGUCGGGUUACGGUACCGCUCACUCUUCUUGCGUCGCACCGCUUCCUCCCCUUCGUCGCCGGCUUCCUCUUCGUCACCCACGUCGCCGUCCCUCCAUGGCCCGCGUCGCCACCACUCCAUGGCUCGCAUCGCCUUCAACUCUACCCUCCUUCUCUCUCCCGACAUCUUCAUCUCUCUCUCUCCACCGCUGCCUUUCUUCCUGCAGGAAUCCCCUCUUUCUUUCGAGGUCAAACACCGCCGGAUUUUCCGACAGCAAUCUGCUCCACCGCGGCGGCUUCCCCCAUCUUUGAGGCAAGCAAGCACCUCGCAACCUCCUUUUCUCUGUGCGCUUCACUUCACCUAAAUUCACAGGGUGUGCUGGAGAGCGUGCACGAGAUUCCAGUGAAGAGUUUGUCCCUGGAAUCGCGGCAGGGAGCGCGCGAGUUCCUCGACGAGGUGCGGCUGCUGCUGAAGGUGCAUCAACGGAACCUAGUCUCCCUCGUCAGCUGCUGCACCUCCUCUCCUGCCCGGGCCGGACACAAGAUACGCGCUACCCAUACUUCCCAAACGCUACUGGCGACACCGACAAGCUCAAGGACUUUGAGGCCCAGAUGGACAACUGGACAUGAACUCAGUAAAUCAACAGUAAAUGCAGGAGCCAGAAUUGGAUGUGGAGGGCCAUUUUCUCCUUCCAGAGUUGAGGUCUGGCAGGACCAUUUCUUCUGACAAAUUAAUGUUGGGGCACCGGAGAACUGUUGGGGCCGAGGACAAGCUGCUCCUGCUGAUGGGCAGGAGAGAAGUUGCUGCUGGCGUGGCGAGGAGGAGAAGCCGGUGAAUCUGGAGUACCAUAUUAAUGCGGUGAGGAGAAACGAAGAAUCACAGCGAGGCUGCCGCCACCACCCGUUCCCCGCUGCCGUCGAGGGUCCAUGCCCUCAGCCCCGCCUCCACCGUUCCCUGCUCCCGCCCAUCCACUCUGGCCUGGGAAACCUCGGGCUCCAGCUGGUGAUCGAGUGCGUGGACGAUGAGGCGACCUGGGGCUCUGGAUGAUCGGGGUGGAGGAGUCGCUAGGUAUGCGCGGAUCUGGAAGAAGAAGACGCUCGGGGCGGAGCUGGAAGACGACGACGAGAUUGCGAUUCAUAUUUAGACAGGGGCAGCGAUGUAAUUUUACACGUUUUUCACCUGGUCGGAAAAAGCUAAAACGUCUUAUAUUUCUGAACGGAGGGAGUAUGUUACUAUUUCCAGUGAUCCAACAUGUUUGGGAUUAUGUUUAGGUAAACACUAUCAAUCGCAAUCCGAUGGGAAA